AGAGGCGGUGCCCGCCCUCGCCGCCAGUCCGGGCUGUGCGCUGCGUCUCCACCCCUCAGCGGGCGGCGGGUGAGUGCGCCAGGCCAGCGCCGGCGUGGGACCGAGCGGGGCGGAAAGGCGCCGAGCUGAACGCUGGCACGGUUUCCUAGAUCUAAAAGAAAGGCUGAGUUAGAGUACCCUUCCAAAAUGGCUGCAAUUAAGGAAGAGAGAGAGGUGGAAGACUACAAGAGAAAAGGCAGACGAUCAUCACAGCAGAAAUACCGUAGACUGAAUAAGGGCCAUGAGCCUAAGGAGCCAGAGCAGUUGAGAAAGCUGUUCAUUGGAGGUCUGAGCUUUGAAACAACAGAUGAUAGCUUGAGAGAGCACUUUGAAAAAUGGGGCACACUCACGGACUGUGUGGUGAUGAGAGACCCACAAACAAAACGUUCCAGAGGCUUUGGCUUUGUUACUUACUCUUGUGUGGAAGAGGUGGAUGCGGCCAUGAGUGCUCGACCACAUAAGGUUGAUGGACGUGUGGUUGAACCAAAGAGAGCAGUUUCAAGGGAGGAUUCUGUAAAGCCUGGGGCGCAUCUCACAGUAAAGAAAAUAUUUGUUGGUGGCAUUAAAGAAGAUACAGAAGAAUAUAAUUUAAGGGAGUACUUUGAGAAAUAUGGCAAGAUCGAAACGAUAGAAGUCAUGGAAGACAGGCAAAGUGGAAAGAAAAGAGGCUUCGCUUUUGUAACUUUUGAUGAUCAUGAUACAGUUGAUAAAAUUGUUGUUCAGAAAUACCAUACUAUAAAUGGUCAUAACUGCGAAGUGAAAAAAGCACUCUCAAAACAAGAGAUGCAGACUGCCAGCUCUCAGAGAGCAAAAUACUUUGCAGGUCGUGGGGGUGGUUCAGGCAACUUCAUGGGUCGUGGAAAUUUUGGAGGUGGUGGAGGAAACUUUGGCCGAGGAGGAAACUUUGGUGGAAGAGGAGGCUAUGGGGGUGGUGGCGGUGGUGGUGGGAGCAGAGGAAGCUUUGGUGGUGGUGACGGAUACAAUGGAUUUGGUGAUGGUGGCAACUAUGGAGGUGGUCCUGGCUAUGGCAGCAGAGGGGGUUAUGGUGGUGGUGGAGGACCAGGAUAUGGAAACCCAGGUGGUGGAUAUGGAGGUGGAGGAGGAGGAUAUGAUGGCUACAAUGAAGGAGGAAAUUUUGGAGGUGGUAAUUACGGUGGCAGUGGAAACUACAAUGACUUUGGUAACUACAGUGGACAGCAGCAGUCCAAUUAUGGUCCCAUGAAGGGUGGUGGCAGCUUUGGUGGUAGAAGUUCAGGCAGUCCCUACGGUGGUGGUUAUGGAUCUGGAAGUGGAAGUGGGGGCUAUGGUGGUAGAAGAUUCUAAAAAUGCUACCAGAAAAAGGGUUGAAUGAGAAGCUGCUGCUUGACAAAAUGGGGCAUGUCUUGCACAUCCUCUUCAAUUGAAGGUUUCUGACUGGGUAAGAUUGUAGUGCAUAGUAAAAUGUGUUUAUUGCUUAUUUCCUUAUAAGCUUUCUUUGACCAGCCUUUUGACGGCAGGGAAAGCUUUAAGUAUAAAGGAGCAAGUGUUCCAAAGUAUGUCAUCCACUGUUCCUUGUUCUGGUUUAGGGGUGUUGGCUGACAUAAUUCCUAUUCAAGAAUCUUCCAUUCCUGGCAGGUAACAAUAAUGCUGUGUCAGAGAUCAACAAAACAAAUGAUAAAUGGUUUUAAAUAUGUGCUUUAAUUACCAUUAGGAGUGCACUGUCUUUUUUUGGGUGGGGUGGGGGGUGGAGGGGGGAAACAUGUUUUUGACACCCAGUGUGAUAGGGAAGGGCUACAAUAUCUAAGCUGUUCAUCACAGUCCAAAGUAGUCUGUCCUAUACUGAAGCUCUAACUGGCAUAAAGACAUGCUGCAUUUAUUUGAUCAGUGGUUUUCCCUCCUAAAAUAAAUGCCUUGUACUUAAGCAUAGAGUUCCCUUUCAGAUGUUCUUGUGCUUUCAGGGUAGGUCAGUGGAGCCUCAUAUUUUAAAGUGAUACCCAGCUGAAAGCACCACAGUAUAUGGAUAAAUAGCGAUGAAAUUAAUUUGUGGAUUUAUUUUUUAUUCUUUGCAUGUGGGUUCUUAACUCUUGGAAUGUGUAUUUCCUAUUCUAUAUCCCAGGACUGUAUCCCAUGCCUUUAGAAGUCUAUAAUUCAAAAAGUCCUUUGGAUAGUAGUUAACAGUUUGAACUUCUCAGAACCUCUUUGCAUCUUCGCAGUAUUUCUGCAAAGUCUGUUUCUAUUUUACUGUUUGUUAUGUUUAACUUACUCAGAACAAGACAAAUGGAAUACAUGCUGUUCAGGACUUGGCUGUGUUGCAGACUGAUUGCAGUAGCUGCAUUUGCUGUUCAGAAAGCAAACCUCAUGUUGGAACACAUAGAAGCAGAGGUUCACUUGAUGUAUUUUUGACAAUGGUAAUGUGCAAAAUUCAUAUCAUCAAAUACUAAAUGGAAAUCUCAUAGUAUAUACUUAAAUAAAAUGUUGACAAAUGUUCUUAGUCAAGAUUGAGCCAGAAUUAAAACCUGCUGCAGUGACACCACAAUCUCCUUAGUAUAGAAGGUAUAUAGUAUAGGUAGCUUGUUGCUUAGGUGAUUUGCUUGCUGUCUUAACUAGAGGUGAAAAGCACCUUAGUUUUCUCUGCUGUGCACCAUUGCCCUUGUGAGCUGAUGUAGUCACUCAGUGCUGCAACAGGUCACUGGGGGGAAGCAUUCACGUGCUGAGUUAGUUCAAAGGCCCAUUAGGGGAGAGGAAAGUGUUGCAAUUUAAAAUUAGAAAAAUGAGUUAAGUUUUACUUAUCAAAAAUGUCUACCUUGCAUUCCAUUGCCCAAUACGCCAUCCCACUAAAGCAUUACCCUUCCAUACUGUGCUCUUCAGGGUUUUUCUGCACCAAGCGUGUGCAAGAAGAUACUCCUCAAGUGACUUGCAUUUGGUUUUAUAACACUCCUAUUAGACUGAUUGGCUUCCAUUACUCAUCACCCCAUUGGUGGGGUUUUUGUUUUUUCAGAAAUAAAACUUCUCAAAGGUGAUCAGACCCAUAAGGAAUAUUUGAUCAGGCUUAUCUUUGCCCAAGAGACACUUCCAAGAGUUAAGAAUGUUAUUUCAUUAUUUCAUGGCUAGCUUUUUUCUUGAGCAGCUAUAAAUGGAGAUGUAAGGAUGUGAAAAUGAAGUUGCAAAGCAUUGGUCCCUAUACUGCAGUUCUGUAGAAACUUAGCAAAUACCUAAAGCUGUAUGUUGACUUGAAAGCAAUUUGUCCUUCCAGGUAGGAAAUGAGCCCAAAAUGAGCCCAGAGUGAUGCAGAUGUGAUAAACUGUUUAUCAUUAGACAAUACCGAAACAACACAGCUUCUUAACUUGAUAUCCUUUGAUUAUUUUAAUAUGGGAACGCUCCUCCUCCUCUAAGUUUUUCAUGUGUAAUGUACUGACUUUCUGGUUUUGCUUCCUGUAUUUAAGACAUUCGCUUUUGUUCAUAGACAGUCUGCAUUACAAUGGGAGUAUUCACAUAUCAGUCUGUGAUCUCUGACAAAUAUUUGUAUCUUGUGUGAAGCAUGAAAGAUCUUGAGUAUCACUGAAAUGCAGAUAUCUGAUGGAUGAUUCUUUUUCUGCUGUGGGUGCUACAGGUUGACAUCUCUGUCUAAGAUUAGCUUUUUCCUCAUCUAAAGUAAUCCAAGUAUCUCCGUAGAAGAACAGUGACCUUCAUUUAGAAGAUAAUAUCGCAAGAUUGGAAACAGCAUAAUAUGUUAAAAUAACUGGCAAAGACUUCAAGAGCAAUGAUGCUAGUAUGGUGAUGUCUGAACCUUGUGGUUAAACAAGUUCAAAAGCAUGGAAAUGAAAAAUUUCAGUAUAGUCCAUAAUGGAUUGAAAUGUUAAAAUAUUUCAUUUUUGUAUCAAAAUAAAGUGUAUGUUGUCAAAUGACUCACAAUCUUAAA